GCAGUUGGACCGAGGUUUCUUCCAACCGUGACCACCUCAAUGUAGUCAAAACAAGAAGAGGGAGGAAGGGAGUCAUCAAAGUGGCUCCGUCUAAUAGCAACUAAAAGGAAAGGGUAAAAUUGUGCUUAGAAUCCCUGAGGGUCACCUCACAGGCUUUGGAGAGGCAAUCUCCUCCUGCGUUCUGCGUCAGCCCAGUAUUGUGUAGGCCGUAUCCUGGGUGCCACAACAAAAGUGUUUUAUUUUCCCAGUGUGAGGGACUGGGGACUCUCCACAGCAGAAAUCCCAAACGGCACAGCAACUCUGAAGCUCACUGCAAGUCACCAUGCCGAAGAAAAAAGGCAAAGGAAAAGGAAAUAAAGAUGAAAAGGGUGAUCCAAAAAUUGCCAUGGAAUCAGAUGCAGAGAAGGCAAUGGCAAAUGCUGCUUUGUGGGAAUCAAGACUGAAUACACUUGAGAGGUCGCGAGUACAGUACCGUGACACAGCUCGAACACUUGCCAGGACCAAUGAAACUUUAAUGAACGAUCGGUUUCAAGUGGAGAAGGACGCCAUAGAAGUGAUCUCAUAUUUAAAGAAACAGGACUUGGAGAAAGAGGCAAUGAUCAGCAAACUGCAACAGCAAAUAGUGGACCAAAAGCAACAAGCAAUUGAGGACAAUAAAAAAAUGGUUGAAACCCACACCCAACAGAUGGAACAACUGCAAAACAAAAUGUGGCAAAAGACAAAAGAAAUACAGCUGAUCCAAGACGAACUGAACAGGGUCAAGGAGUUUAGGAAGAAACAAGUUUUCCUGGAAAAUGAAUUGGAUGAUAUAAAAGACAUGAUGGAAACAGCAAACAAAGAACAUAAAGAAUCACUGAGGCAACUGGAAAGCAAGUUUUUUGAAGAAAAGGUGCGACUGGAGAGGGAGGCUGAGCAGAGUCUAACUCAGCUGACUGAGCAGGCUCACACUGAAGCUAUUAUGAAUCUUAGUGAAAGAACUCGUUGCGUCUUUAAAGAAAAUAUAAGGCUACAUGAGAUGGUGAAGAUCUAUAAGAUAGAUGAAGAACAAAUGAAGAAGUCUCAGAAGAUUUUAAAAGAGAAAAGCACACAGCUUGCGAGUGAAAAGGAAACUAAUGAGCUAUUAGUGAAAGAAAAAGUGUCAAACUCGAUGCAGCAGAGAAAAAUGAUCAACGAGCUUAAAAAGAAAGUGGAGAACCUGGAGAAAGCGCUGGGACACAUGGCAUCUGAGUUUGAGGCAGAAAAGCAGGAGAUCAAACGAGAAACUAAAAUUAAAAUGGCAACUGACAAGGUAGAGAUUGCAAGGCUGCAAGCAGUGAUUAAGUUGAAAGACAGAGAGAUGAACCGGGUGAAGAAGCUUGCUAAAAACAUCCUGGACCAGCGCACUGAAGUGGAACUGUUUUUUCUGCAAGCCUUAGAUGAAGUGAGGCAGCAGAUCUUCCAUAGUCGGGCUCACUACAAGCAGGCGGCCCAAAUUGCAUACCAGAAAUUAAUGCUGAAGGCAAGUACUGGCAAGGAGGAUUAUCCCAAAAUUAGGACCUUUAACAAAAGCGAGCAUAGCACAAACUGUGUGUACCAAGAUAUGGAAUACGCCGAUAAGUGCACUCAGAUUGGAAAAGUGAAUAUCUCUGACUUAACUUGGGAGCAGAAAGAAAAAGUCCUGCGUCUACUGUUUGCGAAGAUGAAUGGAUUGAAAACAAACAGUCCAAAGAGGAAACAACUUGCUGAGAAUGUAGAGUCUACAAAGGAACCAGAAAAAGCAAGCACUCAAGAUGAGAACUACAAUCCUACUUUUAUCACCCAGGCUCCUGUUGAGCCCGAAUUAAGCCAUGUCAGCAGCUUAUCAGGUCAUCAGCUGACUAAAGAAGUUAUAUUACCAGAUAUAAUGUCAAAAUAAAAGAACCAGCAACAGCUUUAUUACAUUGGUAUCCCAAAAUAUAUGCAUCAGAAAAACCAUGAAAUUAAAAAUGCAAUUUAAAAUGUG